UCAUUUGACUUAAGAUUUGAAUUCAGAUUUAGAAGAAACAUUCGUAAUUCAUAACUGCGGUGCACGGUUAAACGCAUGCCGGGAUUUGGUAAAGUUGUCAUAUUUCAAUUAUCCAGCGAUAGUAUAUUUCAUGUUUGAAAUUUUAAGACAAAAUAAUAAUAAUGGCUUUUGAUAAAGAGUUCAUUAUGGAACUAUUCUUAGAAGAUAAUGUAUCAUCUGUAAAUAGAGUAAUUAUUGCGGCUGCUAAUGUUAUAAAGGAAGACCAUGAAAAUAUUACACGCAUUAAUGAUAUCGUAAGAAAUGAAUGCGCUAUUCAAGUAAAACAGCAUGAUAACAACACAUUGUACAGGGACACUCAAAUCACUUAUGAGGAUAAUAAAUUUUAUGAAAAUAUUGUUGUAAAUUAUACCGAUGAAGACUAUGCUGCUAAAUUUAUGAUGAAGAAGUCGACAGUUCAGGCUCUUAUUAACCAUCUUAAAGAUUACAUAAAACCAGGGGCAUGCAUAAUUCCAUUGGAUAAAAAAGUGCAUAUUUUCCUUUGGUUACUCACAAGUGAUUCUUCAUUUAAUGAUGUGGCUAAGUUAUUUAGUUUACAUAAAUCUUCGGUCAGUUAUAUUUUUCACGAAAUUGCCACACUAUUAUCGGAACAAAGAUAUCAUUUUAUUAAUUGGCCGUCUCUGGAAGAACAGCAUGUAACAAGAAUUAAAGUGAACAGUAGAUAUGGCUUUCCUAACUGUGUUGGUUUUAUUGAUGCCUGUCGAUUAAAAGUUGGGUCUAAACUGAAUAGGAAAAAUAAGCCAGAAAUUAUUUUAUUGCAAGCUGUUUGUGAUGAAACAUUAAUGUUUUUUGAUAUCCACAUAGGAGAGAUAGGCAAUACACAUAAAAGUAGGGUUUAUAAGGACAGUCAAUUAGCUCAUGAACUAAAAAAUUUCAUUGAUUUUGAUAAUCAUAUACUGGGCAACUCUGAGUAUAAGCUGAAAAAAAAUUUAAUUACCCCCUUUACUAGUGAUGAAGUGUUGACAAGUGAAGAGAUGAAAUUUAAUGAAAUCCAUUGGAAAACUUGCACCUAUAUUGGUCAUGCUUUUGAACUGCUUAAAGAAAGAUUUAAAAAGUUAAAUCAUAUUGAUAUUAAUAAAGCUGAAUCCAUUAAGACAUUGAUUUGUGCAGCUUGCAUUUUACAUAAUUUUGUUUUACUUCAUGAAGGGAGCUCCUAUAUGAAAGAAGAAGCAGUAAUCAAUGAUGAUGGGGUCACUAUUGAUCCAAGUAUAGUUAAAACUGCACUAGAGAAGCGACAGUUUCUUUGUAAUUAUAUAAAUUAUAUAGAUGAUUCUUAAAAAU